UUUCCUUGGCGAGAGUGGCCCUUGGGCGCGCGAGCGUUUCCGGGGCGGUGUCAUCAUCGUCACGCUCAGCGUCAGCGUCGUGAUCACCGUCAUCAUGACAACGCUCCGCGCCUUCACCUGCGACGACCUCUUCCGAUUCAACAACAUCAAUCUGGACCCGCUGACCGAGACCUAUGGGAUUCCCUUCUACUUGCAGUACCUCGCCCACUGGCCCGAGUAUUUCAUCGUCGCCGAGGCGCCCGGCGGGGAGCUGAUGGGUUACAUCAUGGGCAAAGCCGAAGGCUCUGUGGCCAGGGAAGAAUGGCAUGGACACGUUACUGCUCUCUCUGUUGCACCAGAAUUUCGACGGCUGGGUUUGGCUGCUAAAUUGAUGGAGCUUCUGGAAGAAAUUUCAGAAAAAAAGGGUGGAUUUUUUGUCGAUCUCUUUGUGAGAGUAUCAAAUCAGGUUGCUGUAAAUAU